AUGGCUGAGCCAGUUGGCAUAACUGGUACAGCUGUUAGAAUAGUUUCCUUUGGCCUUCAACUAUAUACCGGCAUCUCAGAAUACCUCGAUGCCGUCAAAGGUCGCGACGAAGACCUGCAGUCCGCGAAGCAAUAUGCGAAGAUGCUGCGUGAUAAUCUUGUCCUAAUCGAAGUGGCCAUUAGCGCGAUCGGCAGCGAAUAUACGAUGGCUAAAUAUGCGAUCGAACAAGGCAAAUCCUCUUGCGAAAUUGAGCUCAAGGCUUUAGAGGCGCUGCUCCAGGAAUUGAAAAAACCCUUACCAGAUCCUGCUAAUCGCACUGAACAAGAACUCUUUUCGCAAAUUCAGCUACCCUUUCAAGAGGAAGGACAUUUCCAGGCUUCAGGACAGAUUAACCUUAACUAA